GAGGCUAUGAUGACACAGAGGAACUCUGAAAGGAGCUGCUGAGAAGCGGGAGUCUCCGAGAGAAGAAAGGCAGGUGGAAGGAGAGGAAGCGGAUGCCGUGGGGUUUACAGCAGGAAAAUCCGUGGAGACAGCAGAUCCGAGAAGCGGCGAUGUUUGCGUAGAACCCUGUACGUGCUUCCUUCGGCCUGUCGCUCUUCCCUUCUCUCUGACCAGCACCAUGCUUCUCCUGGUGACAAGCCUUCUGCUCUGUGAGUUACCACACCCAGCAUUCCUCCUGAUCCCAGGGAAAUCGGAUCUGCGAACAGUGGUACCAGCCUCUAGUCUCAAUGUGAGGUUUGACUCCAGGACGAUGAAUUUAAGCUGGGACUGCCAAGAAAACACAACCUUCAGCAGGUGUUUCUUAACUGACAGGAAGAACAGAGUCGUGGAACCCAGGCUCAGUAACAACGAAUGUUCGUGCACAUUUCGUGAAAUCUGUCUGCAUGGAGGAGUCACAUUUGAGGUUCACGUGAAUACUAGUCAAAGAGGAUUUCGACAGAAACUGCUUUAUCCAAAUUCAGGAAGGGAGGGUACUGCUGCUCAGAAUUUCUCCUGUUUCAUCUACAAUGCGGAUUUAAUGAACUGCACCUGGGCGAGGGGUCCGGCGGCCCCCCGUGACGUCCAGUAUUUUUUGUACAUACAAAACUCAAAGAGAAGGAGGGAGAUCCGGUGUCCUUAUUACAUACAAGACUCAGGAACCCAUGUGGGAUGUCACCUGGAUAACCUGUCAGGAUUAACGUCUCGCAAUUACUUUCUGGUUAACGGAACCAGCCGAGAAAUUGGCAUCCAAUUCUUUGAUUCACUUUUGGACACAAAGAAAAUAGAACGAUUCAACCCUCCCAGCAAUGUCACCGUACGUUGCAACACGACGCACUGCCUCGUACGGUGGAAACAGCCCAGGACCUAUCAGAAGCUGUCAUACCUGGACUUUCAGUACCAGCUGGACGUCCACAGAAAGAAUACCCAGCCUGGCACGGAAAACCUGCUGAUUAAUGUUUCUGGUGAUUUGGAAAAUAGAUACAACUUUCCAAGCUCUGAGCCCAGAGCAAAACACAGUGUGAAGAUCAGAGCUGCAGACGUCCGCAUCUUGAAUUGGAGCUCCUGGAGUGAAGCCAUUGAAUUUGGUUCUGACGACGGGAACCUCGGCUCUGUGUACAUUUACGUGCUCCUGAUCGUGGGAACCCUUGUCUGUGGCAUCAUCCUCGGCUUCCUCUUUAAAAGGUUCCUUAGGAUACAGCGGCUGUUCCCGCCAGUUCCACAGAUCAAAGACAAACUGAAUGAUAACCAUGAGGUGGAAGACGAGAUCAUCUGGGAGGAAUUCACCCCAGAGGAAGGUAAAGGCUACCGCGAAGAGGUCUUGACCGUGAAGGAAAUUACCUGAGACCCAGAGGGUGUAGGAAUGGCAUGGACAUCUCCGCCUCUGCGACAGUGAGGAACUGUUUUCUUGAUGAUGCUGUGAACCUUUAUAUCAUUUUCUAUGUUUUUAUUUAAAAACAUGACAUUUGGGGCUGGGCGCGGUGGCUCACGCCUGUAAUCCCAGCACUUUGGGAGGCCAAGGCAGGCAGAUCACCUGAGGUCAGGAGUUCAAGACCAGCCUGCCCAACAUGGUGAAACCCCAUCUGGACUAAAAAUGCAGAAAUUUACCCAGGCGCGGCGGCGGACGCCCAUCAUCCCAGCUACUUGGGAGGCUGAGGCGGGAGAAUUGCUUGAACCCGUGAGGCGGAGGUUGUAGUGAGCCGAGAUCGCGCCAUUGCACACCAACCUGGGUGACAGAGCAAGAUUGCAUCUCAAAACAAACAAUAAUAAUAAAUCAUAAAAACCUGAUGUUUGGCUGGGCGCCGUGGCUCAUGCCUGUAAUCCUAACACUUUGGAGGAUUGCUGGAGACAGGGGUUUAAGACCAGUCUGGGCAACAUAGCAAGACCCUGUCUCUACAAAAAAGGCAAAAAUUAGCUGGGCGUGGUGGCUUGUGCCUGUAGUGCCAGCUAUCCGGGAGGCUGAGGUGUGAGGAUCACUUGAGUUCAAGCUGACAGUAAGCUAUGAUUGCACCGCUGCACUCCAGCCUGGGUGACAAACUAAGACCCCAUCUCUCUGUCUCAAAAAAAGUGAUAUUUCGCAAAGAUGCUUAGACUCCAAGAAGCUUUUGCAUCUCCUUCCAACCCAACCACUGAGGUACUGUGUAGCCUCCUCCUUGAAUAACUGACCUGGUGAGCUGAGAUUGCGCCAUUGCAAUCCAGCCUGGGCUACAAAAGCAAAACUCCAUCUCAUUAAAAAAAAAAAAAAAAAAAUUGAUGGCCGGGCGCGGUGGCUCACACCAGUAAUCCCAGCACUUUGGGAGGCUGAGGCGGGCGGAUCACGAGGUCAGGAGAUCGAGACCAGCCUGGCUAACAUAGUGAAACCCCAUCUCUACUAAAAAUACAAAAAAUUAGCCAGACGUGGUAGCGGGCGCCUGUAGUCCCAGCUACUCGGGAGGCUGAGGCAGGAGAAUGGCGUGAACCCAGGAGGAGGAGGUUGCAGUGAGCCGAGAUCACAACACCGCACUCCAGCCUGGGCGACAGAGCGAGACUCCGUCUCAAAAAAAAAAAAUUAUUAUUGUACACUGCCAGGCCUCCCUGGGUUAUAAAUCCAGUUUUUAGUAGGUCCGGUUCCUUCUGCAGGACAAAGUGAUGAUAUAGUUUGGUUGUUUGUCCUUUGCAAAUCUCAGUUUGAAAUUUGGUUCUCUGGGUCGGAGGUGGGACCUGGCAGGAGGUGUUUGAAUCAAGAGGGGGCGGACUCCUUAUAGAUGGCUUGGUGCCUUUCUUGUAGUAAUGAGUGAGUUCUUUCUCUAUUUGUUCCUGAAAGAGCUGGUUAUGAAAAAGAGGCUGGUGCCCGGGCAUGGUGGCUCACACCUGUAAUCCUCGCACUUUGGGAGGCCGAGGCGGGUGGAUUGCCUGAGCUCAUGAGUUCGAGACCAGCCUGGGCAACAUGGUGAAACCCCGUUUCUACUAAAAUACAAAAAAUUAGCCGGGUGUGGUGGCAGGUGCACCUGUAGUCCCAGCUACUCAGGAGGCUGAGGCAGCAGAAUUGCUUGAACCCGGGAGGCGGAGGCUGCAGUGAGCCAAGAUCACGCCAUUGCACUCCAGCCUGGGCAACAGAGUUAGAUUCUGUCUCCAAAAAAAAAGGUAAAAAGAAAAAGAGGCUGGUACCUCCUUCCCUGCCUCUUGCCACCUCUCCCAACAUGUAACACCAGCUCCCCUUCCUCUCCCACCAGGAGUGGAAGUUGUUGAGGUUCUCAGCAGCAGAUGCUGAAGGCACAAUUCCUGUACAGUCUGUGGAAUCAUCAGCCAAAUAAACCUGUUUUUUUUUUUUUUUAAGUUGGAAUCUUGCUUUGUCGCCAGGCUGGAGUGCAGUGGCACAAUCUCUGCUCACUGCAACCUCCAUCUCCCCAGUUCAAGCAAUUCCCCUGCCUCGGCCUCCCAAGUGGCUGGGAGUACAGGCGCCCGCCACCAUUCCCGGCUACUUUUUUUUGUUUUGUUUUGUAUUUUAGUAGAGACAGGGUUUCACCCUGUUGGUCAGGCUGGUCUCGAACUCCUGACCUCGUGAUCCGCCCCCCUUGGCCUCUCCACGUGCUGGGAUGACAGGCCUGAGCCACCGCGUCCAGCCAAAUAAACCUCUCUUUAAAAUACAUCACCCAGCCUGGGGAAUCCCUUUGUAGCAAUGCAAAACAGACUAAGACGAGAUGGAAAUUCAUUUCCCUCCAUUUCCCACAUCUAGAAAAGGCUGACUUUCUUCAUUGGUGGUUGCUGUCACUCAGGCCUGCUGUUGCCUCCUCAUAUCUCACUGGACUGUGACUCUCCUGCCUCCCUCUUAUAAGGACAAUUAUUAUUAUUAUUAUUAUUAUAAAUUAUUAAUAUUAUUUGAGAUGGAGUCUCGCUCUGUCAUUCAGGCUGGAGUGCAGUGGCACGAUCUCAGCUCACUACAACCUCCACCUCCCGGGUUCGGGCAAUUCUCAUGCCUCAGCCUCUCGAGUAGCUGGGAUGACAGGCACCUGCCACCACACCUGGCUAAUUUUUGUAUUUUUAGUAGAGAUGCGGUUUCACCGUGUUGACCUGACCACAGGUGACCCACCUGCCUCAACCUCUCAAAGUGCUGGGAUUACAGGUGUGAACCACCGCACCUGUUCCUUAUAAGGACAAUUGUAAUUACAUGUCAGGCCCAUGUGGACACUCCAGAAUCAUCUCUCCAUGGCAAUAUCCCUGGAAUAAAAGUCCUCCUUCCAUAGA